CCACCUAUAUUCCUUCAGCCAAUCGCCAUGUUUUCUGAUUGUCCCGUAAAUGUUGGCAUGCUGUUUUUUCUAUUUGGUUCAAAAUGAUAUAUGCGAUCUUUAUGUCCGCUUGUAUUUCUGACUGUUUACAAAUAUAUAGUAAUUGUUUUAGAUAAUAAGUUGAUUUUUUGCGAGGAAUAACAUAAGUCGCUUUCCCAGGCAAUCCAAAUACAUCAAGGGAAAUAACCCGCAUCGUUUCCUGCCUCUUCUCCAGAAAAAAAAAAAAAAAAAAACAUACCAUAGACAAAAUGCAAGGCUUUUGGAUCCUGCUCUUAGCUGUACAAAUGAUGUACUCAUGUGCCGGUAUUUCAACGACUGAUACCAGAAAUGUGGAGUUGAUGCAUGGCCAGCAAUUUAGUAUCAGGCUCCCAACGGAGGCUGAGAAGUUGGAGUUUAUCUCUGCAGAUGAAUCACAGAAGGGUGUUCUUUGGGCCAGAAUGUCCGUAACCAAAAGAGGAAUAGUAACCGGAAAGGACAGUGACAGAAGAUUUUCAAUUUCUUCUGUCAUGUAUGAUGAUCAGGGAAUCUACACUCUGUAUAAUUUCUGGAGCAAAAAGAUUUCCACCCAUUUAUUAAAAGUUGUUCCAAACAUAGGUAUUGAGCAUCGUGUGGCCGGUGAAACCUUAAGAAUUUCCCUGGGAGGCCUCUCGAAGAAUGAUGCCACUCUACAAUUUUCGAACAGAGAUUACAACCUCACAUUGGUGUCGCAUGGCACACCUGUGGGCAACUUGAAUGCUGACUACAUGGGAAGAAUUCAGUUGACAAGCAGUAGCUUCGAGUUGCGAAAUGUCAAUGUUUCGGAUGAGGGGACGUACAUACUCCGUGACAAUCUAAAUCGCAAACUCAAGAUCGUCACUAUGGUCUUGGUUGAUCAUCAUGAGGGAGUGAGUGCAGGUCCUUUUAUGGGUCUGCUGAUGUUGCUUGGUAUACCACCUUGUAUUUUCUGUUGCUGCAGAAAGAAAAUCUGCAAAAAGAAUAACCAGCCCACUACCACCGUAAACACCCCAACCGCCACUGUAAACUUCGACAACCAGAUUAAUCCACCUGGACCUCCACCAGCAUACCCCAACAUUGUAGCUCCUGCAGACCCUUCAUCAGCCUAUACUCCUGGUUAUCCUGCUAUAGGUGGAAAUGUUGUUCAUCCUCCACCUAAUCCUACAUUUCCUAAUCAACCACCCUACAGUGGAUAUGCUAUGCCUCCUAACCCUGCCAGUAACCCUGUUUACCCUCCUGCAUCUGGCUUUCCUCCAGCUCAGCCUCCUCAGUGGAGUGGUGCUCCUUACAACCCACCUGCUCCAGCUGGUAUUGCUCCAGUGAUGUACAGUGCUCCUGCUGGCCCUGAGCCUGUCAAUGGGGAAAUAAAUCCCACAACUCCACUACUCAUACCUCCACAGCCUUUGGUGUCACAGCCUUCAGGCCCAUAUUCUGGUGCUAAUGUCCCUAACUCCUCUGACUCUGCUGUUCAAUUUAAUGUCAACAUGGGAAAGGACUCAAGCUUGAACUUCCUGUGAAUACUUCAAUUGAAUACCUCUUAACAAUUUCACAUGCCUGCUAAUGUAAUCAAAACAGAGAAACAAGUCACUAGAGUGUAACUGAUCCAUACUAUAUCCAUACUGGUUCAUGUUAUGAAAGAAGGUGAGUCUGGUGUGGAUUUAUAGCUGAAUAUAUGCUAAUAACUAAUGUGUAUUUUACUCAUGUUACAUAGUAAUACAUGUAACUACUGUAUAUUUAACUGUGUAAAUGGCCAAAAAUUGUGGUCAUUCUUAUAAAAAUAGGAAAUGCUAUAAAGAAAUGAAAUGUAGAAAAAUAUUCUAGGCCUUUUACUGCGAUAAAAAAGGGAAUAACAAACUGCCUCAUUUUGUAUAGACUGUUCUAUACCAGUUGGUUGAAGUUCUAGACAUGUUAUUUAUUCUGCAUGUAUAGGCACAUUGUUGGUGUUCACAUACUUUUUACAAACAACAGGGGGAUAUUUACAUUUCUAAGGCAUUUCUAAUGGGAUACUUUGGAAACAGUAGUUCUUUCAGUAGCUUUGCUGCCAUUUUGAACUCUCUCUUUGACCUAAUUUUGCAAAAACUUCCUCUUUUCCUCAAAGUGGUUAUUAUUGUCUUUUUUUUAAUCACAUAUUGUAUAAUCUAAUUCCUUGAGAACUAAUACUUCUGCAUGCCAUUGUCUAUAAAAUCUACAGUCAUAAUUUGGAAUGUUUGUGUUUUUAUUUGUUUUGCUGUAUGUAUAAUCCUUUGUGUUUCUUUUAGAUAAAUGCAGAUACUAAAUGAA